AUUGCAGCUAUUUUAAAGAUGAAGCCAAUGACCAAGAAUUAUUUCAUCAAUGGACAAAAUCAUCAGCAAAGAUAUCUCAUGUUAAUUCUUAGUUUACAUUUUUUAUCUAAUUUUUAGUGUAUUUAUAAAUCUUCUAUUUUAUCCUCAGUUUUAUGUGAUUGAAUAAUUGGACCAACGUGCCUUCAUAAAAUUAAAUAUGUUUGCCACCAGUAGCCAAAGAAAAUGUUGGAUCUUUGAGGAUGAAAAAGAAUUGGACACAUUACGAGAAGAAGCAAAUGCCAGGUUCAUAGAAGCUCACAAGGUAAGUUUUUUUAUUCAUCUGACUAAAAUGUCUUAUGCUAAUUACUUUUUUGUUUUUUAUUCACAGAAAGACACUCCUCGUAAAUAUUUUUUAUCUCCCAUCGAAGAGAAGACUUUACUCAGGCAGUAUAACAUUGUUCUGAGAGACUUUUGUCGCAAAUUUCAACCUUCUAUGCCAAAAACAGUUGUGGGAACUGCUUUUCAAUUUUACAAACGUUUCUAUGUGAAUAAUUCUGUCAUGGAUUAUCAUCCGAAACAUAUCGUUGUUACUUGUGUUUAUUUAGCCUGUAAAGUAGAGGAGUUUAAUGUUAGCAUGGAUCAAUUUGUUGCUAAUGUUAAAGGUGAUCGAGCAAAAGCUGCUGAUAUUAUUCUCAACAAUGAGUUGCUUUUGAUGGCGCAGUUAAAAUACCACCUAACUGUUCAUAAUCCAUUUCGUCCUAUUGAAGGACUCCUCAUCGAUAUCAAGGCUAGAUUCAUGAAUCCUGGUGAUGUUGAGAAGCUUCGACCCCAAAUCGACGUUUUUAUGAAUACUGUAUUUUUCACCGAUGCCUGUUUGCUGUUCAGUCCAUCUCAAAUAGCCUUAGCGAGUAUUCUUGAUUCUGCGAGUAAAUGCAAUAUAGAUUUAUCAAGUUAUCUUACUGAUUUACUCUUUUCUAAUGCUCCAGAAAAGUUGGAUCAAUUUUAUCAUAUGAAAGAGAAUCUAAAACUUAUGAUUGAAAACAUUGAACAGGUUUCAAAAGAUCAAAUAAAAUUGAUAGAGAAAAAACUGGAAAAAUGUCGAAAUCAAUCUAACAAUCCUGAUAGUGCUGAGUAUAGAAGUGGUCUCGAGGAAAGUUUGGACAAUGAUGUGACAGCACCAAUGGCCAAAUAUGCAAAGAUUAGUGAAAAACAGCGUAAAUAUGAUGACAAUAUUAUGCAAAUAUAAUGUAAAUUAAUGUCAACAAACAUGAAUAACUGGAUGUAAUCAUUAACCAGAGAGCUUUGUUUAUUUUUCAGCUGUCUCAAAAGUGUUUUCUGCUAUCAGUAUUCUUAAUUAUGUAAAUAAAUAAAACAAAUUUACUGAUUUAUCGGUAAAUUUUGUUUGAAAAACCAACUUA